AUAGUCCUGAUGCUACUGCUGGCUGUGUCCAUCUCGGCAAGGCCGCAGCGCCGCCAGCUGAAGAGCCAGCGGCAGGUGGAGUUGGCUAGCACACCGUAUCCGGCAGCUGGUUUCCGGCCGAGAAUACCCUUCGAUCUGCCCAGCGAGCGACAGCCCAAGCUGGAGGAGCCACUAGCCACAACAACAGCAGCGACUACCAAGAUCACGGUGGAAGAUUUCGGCACCACAGAAACGCAGAGCACCACCGAGUUGCUGGAGCUGGAUGUGCAGAUAAAUGCACGCACACCGGCCAAUACCUAUGGUGCACCCGAGCAGUCAGCGUCUAGUCCAGACGACACUGUUGAGGUGGUUGCCCAGGCGCCUGCUCGUGACUUUCAGCCGCCCGUACGCGAGGCUGUGGAGGAUUUUGCCGCUGUUGCCGUUGAUGGCAUUGCUCCUGAGCAGCAGCCUGUUGCUGAUUUGCCUGCCCUGGACCAGGCCGAGACGCCGCUGAGCAGCGAUGAAGAGCUGCCGGCCACCGAGAUUGCCAUCAAGGCGGCAGCCACACCUGCCAGCACUUACGGUGCGCCCAAUACGCCCGCCAGCAGCUAUGGCGCGCCCGAGCUCGAGGAGCCCGACAACGAACUGGAAACGGAAGAGUCACAGGUGGAGCUGGUCGAGGAGGCCGAGGAAGAGCUGAACGCUGCUGCUUUAGGCCUGGCCAGCGGUCGACUGGUUCUGCUGCCCAUUAACGCCGCCGGCGCCCAAUUCGGCCGCCUCAUCCUGGCCGUGGAGCAGCCCAAGCAGCAGCUCGGGCGCCAACGCAUACGCAGCGAACGCUUGCGCCGCCGCCACUAA